UGAACUGGAGGAGUAACGUGUCCCGCUGACUGUGAGGUUUGUCCUUUGGCCACAUCCAUUAAAGUGGCCACUGGGCUUCCUGUCGCAUUGUUCUGCAGUGGUUUCAUCUUAACGCUGGUGUGGCUGCAAUACCAAAAACAGAAAAUGUUUUGGGAUGAAAGCUGGAUCAUCAACUACAAUAAUAUCAUAAUCGGUCUGCUACACUGGGUUUUGUAGCACCAUAAGCCUUCAGACAGUAAAGAGGAACUCCAGUGUGAGCAGAGUCACAGAUGUAACCAUCAGCACCGGAGUGAACGCCAACUUCAAACCACGAUUCAUUUAGGCUGGCAUCUAGUGAGUGUUUUCCUGCCAUUGCUGCCACAUCUUGUCUAUCUGUGGUUUGAUGCAGUUAUGUUUCUGUAGUGAUGGAAAGACCGUAGCUGUAAAACACAUACAAAAGAAACAUUUCACUUUGACCAAAACCAUCAGGAAAGAAGUGAAAGAGGUCAGGGAGCUGGACCACCCAAACCUCUCCAAGUUCAUUGGAGGCUGCAUUGAAGUUCCUUUUGUCAGCAUAAUCACUGAAUACUGUCCAAAAGGAAGCUUGGCAGAUGUGCUGCAGAAUGAGGACGUCCCCAUCAACUGGGGUUUUCGGUUGUCUUUUGCUACUGAUAUUGCACGUGGGAUGGCUUACCUGCACCAGCACAAAAUGUUUCAUAGGCGUCUUCAGUCACGUAACUGUGUGAUCGAUGACCGGUGGGUCUGCAAAAUAUCAGAUUAUGGGCUUAUGGCCUACAGAAAGGAGGAUUUUGAAGACGUGAUCACCAAUUUCAAUUGUCAAAAUGUGUAUCGCAUUUACUGCGCCCCUGAAGUUUUGCUCCGGAUCAGCUCUAGCUUCACAACCGCAGCUGACGUGUACAGGUUACAGCAACUUGAUGAACUUCAUGUCCUCAAAAACCAGAUCAUCUGUGUUGAUUUCUUCGAAGCCGAUGUGAUAAGAAACCUGAUGGUUGUCACAUCAGCCGGAACAAGGGAUUCGGUCAAGCUUGAUGUAAUGUGGCUUCCGUCACUUCCCAAACUGAAGGCUGGGAAAGACAAUGAUUGCCCAGAUCCGGACGAUUACUGUGAGCUGAUUAAGAGAUGCUGGUCCCACAACAUCACAAUGAGACUCACGUUCGAGCAGGUGAAGAAGAUUCUUGAUAAAAUGAACCCACACAAGGUCAGCCCUGUGGAUAUGAUGAUGAACCUGAUGGAAAAGUACAGUAAACAUCUGGAAAGCAUUGUAAUUGAGAAAACACAAGAUCUUCUUCAGGAGAAGCAGAAGACAGACCGGUUGCUCUACAGUGCAGAUUUAAACAUCACAAAAACACUUUUGCAAUAAAAAUGCAGUAUGAAGUUAAGCAUGCAACAUGAUCUCACGGAAAGUUGUGUUAUAGUCACGCAAAAUUUGAUUAAUUUAUUCGUGUCCAUGGCACGAAAUUCAGCUUUUUUUUUCGUGCCUUGAGCACAAAUGUCUUUUUUGUGACAAAUUUCUAUAAAUAGUUUUU